CAGAAAUCGAGUCUUGUCCACAGGAAUUAAUAACCCAAACAGCCCUGUAGUACGCCAUGCCUAGAGACACAGCUCUUCAGUGGCUUAGCUUGGUAGGUGUGAUAUGGCUUCAAUCAAUAAACGGAACCAAUUCUAAUUUCCCUGCUUAUUCUUCACAGCUUAAGCAACUCCUCUCUUUAUCUCAACUUCAACUCAACAACCUUGCACUUGCAUCCGAUGCAGGCAAGCUUUUUGGUUGGUUAGCAGGCAUUGCUGCAGUCUACCUACCUUUGUGGUUGGUCCUUUUGAUCGGUUCUACCCUUGGUUUCAUUGGCUAUGGUUUGCAGUAUCUCUUCCUCACCCACUACAUAACUUCCCUUACAUAUUGGCAUAUUUUCUUUCUCACAGUUUUAGCAGGAAACGGUAUUUGUUGGAUAAACACAGUUUGUUAUCUUGUUGCCAUUCAGAAUUUUCCCUUUCACCGACAGGCUGCUGUUGGUCUCGCAACAAGCUAUUUAGGGUUAAGUGCUGUGGUUUAUACAGCUGCUGUUGGUGCCUUUUCUUCUAAACUUUCUGAAAGAGCUGAACAAUAUAUGCUCUUCAAUUCUCUCCUUCCAUUUACAAUAAGUGUCAUAACUGCCCCUUUCGUACGACAUGUCGACACUAAAAAGCCAAAGAAGGUGAAAUUUGGGUUUUUUGUUGUUUUAAUGAUAACAAUAGCCACCGGGAUCUAUGCUGUUGCGAGUAGCUUGGGGGCAAUGUCAAGGUCUGCACCAUGGCUAAAAGUGGUUGGCAUAGGAGUCUGUUUAACAUCACUGUUGAUAGUUCCUAUGGCAGAAUUUUUGGUUGGAAUACUAGAUGAAAAAUGUUGUAUCAACAGGGAAGUAAGAGUAUGUAAUCUUACAACUGAUGUUGAUGAAGCGGUAGAACAUCAGAAUGUCCAGAAUUGGACGAAAGAUCAAAAUAAUGACACUGUUGAAGGUAACAGGGAGGAGAUAUGCACCAUGGAGGAUAUUGAAGCCAAAUCGAUGCUGCAGAGACUGAAUUUUUGGCUGUAUUUCUUCAUAUACAUAUCUGGUGCUACGCUAGGACUGGUUUACCUCAAUAACUUAGGACAGAUAGCAGAGUCUAGAGGGUAUACUAGAACAUCUUCGUUGGUCUCUUUUGCUUCUGCAUUCGUGUUUUUUGGUCGUCUCAUGCCAUCUAUCCUCAACUAUGUCUACUCAAGCAGGAGUAAAUGUAUGGUCCCGGGACCAACUUCCAUAGUUUUAGCAAUGGUGCCAAUGGCUGCAGCAUUCUUCUUCCUUAUUAACGGAAGCAACCUCUUUCUUCAUGCAAGUACAGCAAUCAUUGGCUUCUCCACAGGUGUUAUCACCGCAAUUUCAGUCUCCACAACAACCGAGUUAUUUGGGCCUAACCAUUUUGGAGUAAACCAUAACAUAGUGGUAGCAAAUAUCCCUCUAGGAUCCUUCAUGUUUGGAAGUUUAGCAGCGGUUAUGUAUCACAGAGAAGGAGAUGGACAAGGCAGAUGCUUCGGUCUGCAGUGUUACAGUAAGACCUUCAUAAUUUGGGGAUCUCUUUGUUCACUGGGUGCAGUCCUCGCUUUAGUACUUCAUUCCCGAACUCGAAAAUUCUAUUUGCAGAGAUUGUAAAGGCAGAGAAAUAUAUAUAUAUAUAUAUAUAUAUAUAUAUAUAUAUAUAUAUAUAUAAGACAGCCUGGUACAAAAAGCACCCCCUAAAGUGAGGAUCCGGGAAAGGGUCCCACCACAAAGAUGUAAUGUGGGUAAACCUUAACCUGCAUUUUUGCAACCGGUUGCUUCCAGAACUCAAAAUCACACAGCAACACCUGAAGCUGUGCGCCAUGGCUCCUCUUAGGGUCAGUAGUAGAUAGCACAAUGUCUAUUAAUAGUGAGGAACAUAAAACUAGACACCAUUAGGGUCAUUUGUCUUUUCGACUGCCCAAGAUUAAUAACCAGGUGCCUUAAUUUUACUCUUGGCAUUUUCUGGGCAGUGCAUAUUGUAGUAAGCUUAAAUUUUGAAGGAUCUAAAAACAAAUAUUUGUAUCUUAAAUUUACUUUAAUUGUGAUAAGUUGGGAGGAGAAAGGGAGGUUGUUAAAAUAAAACGCUGGUGAAUGUCUAGUAACUUUUUCUGCUAUCAUGAUGGAUCCAUAACUUGGAAUUUGAAAUUCAAUAGCAAUUUUCAACAAAAAAAAUGCAUAAAGUUGAAGUAAAAAACAUAAUUAUCCAUCCAUGGACCAUUAGUUUUAUAAAAUCUAGAAA